UGGAGGCAGAAGAACAAGCGAAGAAGAAGAAAAACAACAACAUCAAGAGAUCGACAUGGCCGCCGACAGUGAUCCAGAGUCGGAGGUGUUUGAGAUCACCGACUUCACCACCGCGUCAGAGUGGGAGCGGUUUGUGUCCAGAGUUGAAGAAUUACUAAAUGACUGGAAGCUGAUGGGGAACUCAGCAGGACUUUCGCCUCCUGAGAAGGGUGAAUACACCAGCGGCACCUGGGGGGAGAAGUCUCAGGAUAUUAAUUUUGCGGACUUUAAGUUCUACAUAACUCAUUACUUUCUGAAACAAGAAUGUGAGAAGGACAAUGGGAAGGACAAGCCUGAGGAAGAUGCCUUCCCCGUGGCAAUGCAGGACCUUCUGUGUAUGAACAACGACUUCCCUCCUCGAGCCCACUGCCUGGUCAGAUGGUACGGUAUACGAGAGUUUGUGGUCAUCAACCCUGGAGCCAACUGCGAGGCUAUCAUCAGCGAGUCAAAGUGCAACCUGCUCCUUAGCUCAGUCUCCAUCGCUCUGGCCAACAGCGGCUGCCAGGUGCCGAUGUUCGUGCAGAUCCAGCAGAAGUGGAGGCGGGUGUAUUCUGGAGAGUGCCAGGGCCCGGGUGUGCGCACUGACUUUGAAAUGGUCCACCUCCGCAAGGUGCCGAGCCAGUACAACCACCUGUCUGGCCUGCUUGACAUCUUCAAGUCUAAGAUAGGUUGUAACCUUUCCCCUCUACCUCCCAUCAACAUUGCCAUCCGUUUUACCUACAUUCUCCAGGACUGGCAGCAGCAUUCGUGGCCACAGCAACCUCCAGACUUUGACACACUCCUUGGAGGUGAGGUGGGAGGAGUCGAGUUUGGGAAGCUUCCAUUUGGAGCCUGUGAGGAGCCAAUCAGUGAGCUUCAUCUUGCAACCACUUGGCCUCAGCUGACAGAAGGGAUAGUUGUGGAUAAUGAUGUCUACAGUGACCUCGAUCCUCUCCAAGCUCCUCACUGGUCAGUCCGAGUCAGGACAGCUGAAAACCCUCAGUGUUUACUGGGUGACUUUCUGACAGAGUUCUUUAAGCUCUGCUCUAGAAAGGAGUCUACAGAGGAUGUUCUGGGACGAGGAUUGGCUGAAGAGGAGGGCAAAGAAAAUAGUGACAUCACCUCUGCUUUAUCGAAGCUGACAGAGCCAGCAGCAACAGUGCCAAUUUCCAAGCUGUCUGUCUCCAAUAUGGUGCACAGUGCCCGAAAGCACAUCCGCCGCCGCCAACGCAUUGAUGAGUCACCACUCAGCAACGAUAUCCUCAAUUCCAUCCUUCUCUAUCUCUUCCCAGAUGCUGCUGUGGAGAAGUCGUCAGAGAACAGCAAGAGCAAAACUACCCAGUCAAACGCCGGUGUGAAAGCAAAGCAAGACAAAAACAAUGACGAUAACCUUUUCCUCCAUCUGAAAUCAGCGCCAAGCGACAGUCUGACUUACCGGCUGGCGCUUUGUGCAUGUCUGGUCAACUAUAACCAUGGCGGGCUUCGUGCUGUUGCUCACCUCUGGCAGGAGUUUGUUUUAGAGUUACGUUACCGCUGGGAAAACAACUACCUCAUCUACGGACUGGCUGGUGGACCUCCAGAUCUUCGCUGUUGUCUUAUGCACCAGAAGCUCCAGAUGCUGAACUGCUGCAUUGAGCGGAAGAGGGCCAGAGAUGAAGCCCGCAAGGUGCUGGAGGGCAGCAGAGGGAGAGAGGGUAGGGGAUCUGCUGGCUCCCAGAACGGCCGCCCAGUACCAGAGUCUGCAACAGCAACAGUGACUGCAUCCACCUCAGCAAGGGAGGUGUCUCCGGGGAAAUCCUGGGACUCGUAUAGCGACAGCGAGGACGAGUUCUUUGAGUGCCUGAGUGACCAGGGGGAGAUGGAGGCUCCGCAUGCUGAGGCAGAGAAGGAUGGCAGUAAAAGAAAAGCAGAGGGUAGGCUACAUCCUCAUAACAACAUGACUCUGCUCAACUCUACAGAGCCUCUCUACGUUCCUGUCACACAGGAACCUGCUCCCAUGACUGAGGAUCUGUUAGAGGAGCAGUCUGAGGUACUGGCCAAACUGGGCACAUCAGCUGAAGGUACCCACCUUCGUGCCAGGAUGCAGAGUGCCUGUCUUCUCUCUGACAUGGAGUCCUUUAAGGCAGCCAACCCAGGUUGUGUUCUGGAGGACUUUGUGCGCUGGUACUCACCCAGAGAUUAUGUGGAGGAGGAGGUGGUCGAUGAGAAGGGUAACACGGUGGUGAAAGGUGAGCUCAGUGCCAGGAUGAAGAUUCCAGGAAACAUGUGGGUAGAGGCUUGGGAGGCAGCCAGGGUAACACCUGCACGCCGCCAGAGAAGACUGUUUGACGACACUAAGGAGGCCGAAAAGGUUCUCCACUAUUUGGCUGUGCAGAAACCUGCAGAUGUGACCUGCCACCUCCUGCCUUGCAUUCUCCAUGCAGCUAUUUUGAAGUUAAAGGAGGAAGAAUCGGUUGAAGACCUUCCAUCAGUCAGAAAAAGUAUUCAGCAAGCUACAAGUCAAGCCAGCAAGCUGCUGCAGCCCGUCAACCAUGACUAUAAGAAGUUAGAGGAUUUCAUCAACCAGUUGAUGGCCAUGGAGACGGCCAUCACCCGAGCUCGCUCGCUCAAGGCCAAGUUUGCGGUUUGUGAGGGCGGGAAGGGAGAGCACACAGAAGAUCUAGAGAAGUUUGUCACCUCCCUGCUGGAAGAACCAGAGGUGCUGGUGAUUGGAGCUGGCCAGGGGCCGGCUGGCAGCAUCAUCCACAGACUGUUCGUCAACUCUCAGAGGGCUGCCCUCUUGGCACCGCUGGAUGAAGACUUGGAGCAUGACAGGAAGUUGAGUGGAGGAAGUCAUAAAGUGCCUGACUUCCCUUCUCCAGCAGGCAGGGAAAUUCUGUUGCGUACAUGUGUCCCUCGGCCAGCACCGUACUCCAAAGCUCUGCCUCAGCGGCUAUUCUGUGUGUUGUUGAGGGAGGAGUUUAGGCUGGCAGGGGCCUUCUCUUCAGACACUUCCUUCUUCUAAGACCAAAUGCCUAUUACACAGUAUUUUAUCUGAAACCUUGCGCCAGUAGCUCAUGAUGAUUAACACCUUGAAGCCAGAACUGGAAGAGCGUUGAAUGUCAAGGGAUGGCAUAGUAAAAUGGUUGUUUCUUUGUUGGUCCUAUGUUGGUUAAUGAGUUUGUGGGUACAAAUGCUUGUUCAGUGAAUGUUAUUAUUGGGGAUGUCCCGAUAACAUUUUUUUGCCCCCAUUCCCAAUCCAAGUCAUCUAAUGUUUAGUAUCUGCUGAUACGGAGUCCUGAUCCGAUACUUCUGUUUUUCUAGAUAAUACAUCUGCACAGUGCACACUUUAAGAAGGCUUCUUUAAAGUUAUUAAAAUCAAUCCAAUGUAUGGCCUAUGCUUGACAGUAUGAAUAAAUGAACAGCUCUGCAGUGCAUUAGCCAUAUCAUUAUUAUUAUUAAUUUAUUUCGCAAAAUAAAGCAUGAAAUGAUAAACCUUCCCUUUAAUCUUUUUGGCCUGUCUGAGGAGAUUCCCUCUAAAUGCCCCUGUGUUUGUUGCUUUGAUGCAGUUUGUGUCUCAGUUACCUGAUUGAACUGUAUUCCCUUGAAUGUUUAUUUUUGUUGUCCUCACGUCUUGUGGCGGAUUAGGCUUCAUCAACACAUAAGUCAUGUUGGCUUUUUGCUCGUGUUGGCAUACUUACAGUGGUGAGUGAAGUUGUAGUAAGCUCCCCACAGCUUUGCUCUCCUCCUCUCUCCUCGAAGCAGGAUGGAGAAACAGCAUGCGUCAGUUGAAGGCGAAAUGCUAGACUUUGACACUGAGCUCACAUUUAAAAAUUGCUCAUAACUUUGGUAAAUAAUGUAAAUAAACAGCCUCUUACUGCAUUUUUGUUUAAGGUGUGUGGUGUUUUGAGGUGGGCUGGGCUCAGCCACUGCUUUCAGAGGCGUAUGGAGUUUAACAGAGGGCAGAGACAGCUGAUUAGAGGAGAGAUGACAAAGGUUGCACUCGAUGUUUUUGUGCAUGAAAGUAAAACACCUGUGUGAUAGCUGACGUAAAACAAAAGAUCAGAUCAGACUAAGAUAAAUAUUCCCGGUCCCGAUCAGUCAAAAAAUGCCUUGAUUGGCCUCGAUAACAUCGUACAAGAUGGGAUCAGGACAUCCCCAGUUUUUAGUCAGGAGAGACAUAUCUGUGUUGGCUAUAUAUCUCCAACAAACUGAUGAGCAUUGCUGAAUGAAAUUUCAAAGAGAUCACUUUGUGUUGCUCAAUUUGGUCCUAAUGGUAUUGCAUUACAUUGUGGUUACUUACUAAAAUCUCUGUAUCACUCAGGUAGUAGGCACAUCCAGAUUUCAUGUACUACAGACUCACUGUGCAUGAUUUCAAAUAUCAAGCGUUUUUAUAAAGAGGGAAUUUAAAAUGAAGUGUCACCAGAUUUCAUCUGUAGAUGAGUGGGUGGCUUAAGACUGAGCUAAAAGAUGCAAGUACUGCAAUUACAAGUGAGGGGGUUUGGAUUAACAUCUUUUCAUCUCCAUAUUGGUGACGCACUGCACCCUCACCCAAAUAGUACAUUCAGACCCCUUUUUUUUUUUCUCUCAGCUUUGGCCUUGCCAAAAUACUGUAAGCAUUUUGUCCACAUAAGAUGUUGCUCUUGUGUUGUGAUGUGACUGGGCAAAAGAAACUUCCAAAAUGGCAUUGUUUUGGAAUCCCAUUAUUGAACACAUGCCAAGUGGUUAGCAUAACUUCAUAAUAUUCUUCUAUCCUUGUGUUGUUGUGUGCAGUAAGGGUUUCUUGAUCCUACUUGUUUAUGUGCCAGUGGCAUUUCAGCACAGGUUUAUAGGCUGAAAAAGUUGCUGAUACCUAAAACAAGUAUUUUAGAUUGGAAUACUUGCUGAUAACACAUAAGUGCAAUCCACAGGAAUAGAUCCUGCUCUGAAGUACAGUUACAAACUUAAUAAUGGAAAAAUAUACAGUGUACAGUACAUGUCAAUGCUGGUCCAUAAAGUCCUCUAAUCUAAAAAUAAA